CAUUUGGAUUAAAAGGGCAACCUGGAGAGCGGCAGCAGCAAAGAUGAGUGAGUCAUUCCCUAAAGCUACAGACUAAGGGCUUUUCCAGGUGUGGAGUCCACCGAUAAGGAGUUUGGAACCAGCAAGCCAGGCAGUGAGAGGACUGAACUUGCUCGACGCUCCACUUUGUGACCUAGCUUUCCUCAGGAUGUUUCUGAGCUUCAUCCUGUUGUGUUCAAUGAUGCCACCAAUGUUUGUAUGGUACAGCCUGCAACUACUGACUUUUCAAUGCCUUCAGCUCCAUGCUCUUCUCUGUUCUAGGGAGUCUCUUCUAACUAGAGAGAUGAUAGCGCUGCCUUGUACUGAAGUCUAGUAGUUAGAGCAAGGUGCUGGGAGUCGACUCUGAGAGUCUCUUCCUGAGAGUCUGCUGUCAACUCACUGUGUGACUUUGGGUAUGUCACUUACCACCUCUGGCCUCAGUUCCCCACUCUAGAAAAUGAGGAGAAUGCAGGGGGUUUGUGAGGCUUCAAUCAUCAAGAGUUGUAAUGCCUGUUGAGAUUCUUGGAGGAAAAGAUACUUUAUAAGAGUAAAGCGUUCUGAUUAACAUUCGUGUUACCUAACAAGGGCUCGCCAGUUAGUUCACUCCUGGCUGAAGAAAAGAUGAAAGGAGAUGAACGCUGUUUGCACUCGUUUCAUUUCAUACAGGCCUGAUGCCCUUAAGCUGUUUAAACAGACUCUCUGCAGCGAUAGCUGGAACGGUGACCGUGUGAUUCCUCAGCGCCGGGGGCAGCGUGCCUCGCGGCACAUUAACCCAGUGAGUGCUCAGAAGGGAGAGCUGCCUGCCACCUCACAGCAGCAGCAUGUCCCACCUUGUGGUGCGCGGCCGACGGAUCAACUGGACUCUGGUGCUGGUGGUGGGGUAUCUCUUUUACCUCCUCCUGGGGGCCAUGGUGUUCCAGCUGCUGGAGAAGCAAGCAGAGGCCCAGUCUCGGGACCAAUUCCAGCUGGAGAAACUCAAGUUCCUGAAGAACUACACGUGCUUGGACAAGCAAGCCCUGGAGCAGUUUGUACAGGUCAUCCUGGAAGCAUGGGAGAAAGGGGUCAACCCAGAAGGAAACUCUACCAACCCCAGCAACUGGGACUUCAGCAAUUCUUUCUUUUUCGCAGGAACCGUUGUCACAACUAUAGGUUACGGUAACUUGGCCCCCAGUACGGUGGCUGGGCAGGUGUUCUGUGUGUUUUAUGCCUUGUUUGGGGUGCCGCUUAACCUGGCCUUUCUCAAUCAGCUGGGGAAAGGACUCAAUGCACACCUGAUCACUCUGGAGAGAUGGGUGCACAAGCCAGGCCGUGCUCGGGUAGUGCAGACACUGGCAUUGGCCCUCUUUCUGACCGCCGGGACCUUGCUUUUUCUAGUAUUCCCACCUAUGAUCUUCAGUUAUGUAGAAGGCUGGAGCUAUGGAGAAGGCUUCUACUUCACCUUCAUCACCCUCAGCACCAUUGGAUUUGGGGAUUAUGUAGUAGGCACAGAUCCUAACAAGCACUACAUCUCGAUGUACAGGAGCCUGGCGGCAAUUUGGAUUGUUUUUGGCUUGGCCUGGCUCGCUCUGGUCUUUAACUUGGGAGCUGACCUGAUGGAAAAAUUCCUUCAGUUAAAGUGGCACAAGCCUGGCACAGCAGAAGAAGCCAUUACCAAGAUGGAGGAUGACCCUGAUCAACCCAGAAUCCACAUACCUAGCUGAGAGAGGCUCAUGGAGAGCACUUUAGAAAGAGCAAGGCUCCCCUGCUCCUGCCUCAUACACACCAAGCAAGCUUUCUGGGUAAGAGAUUGCUGGAUCUAAACCACAGGCUGCAGACUAUCUCCAAGGGAGAAGAUAUUUUCAGAAGAAAGGAAAGCCCUUCAUAGUGUAAAGGCAGCAGCUGAAUAAAAACCCCUUUGAGGGAGUGGAACUGUAAAACAAACAUCCCAGUAUUCAGCACUCACUUUCCACUCAACGACUCCCUGGUGCAAGUUCUCCUGAAAUAAUUAGUUACCAUCCCUCUGAUUUGAUCUUUAGCUACUGGAAUUGAAUUCUGUUAAAUCCAUCCACAGCCUCACAGUGAGGGUGGGAAUACCUGACAUCAAGAGAGCUGAGCUGAAUUUCACUUCCAAGCAGACACAAUGAGAAAAACAGGACCAGGCCUGGCCACCUGUUUAACCACAUUCAUCAAAUGAAGCUUUUUCUGAAACCUCUUGGCAGAUUUUGUCCUACAUAUUCAGUGGUUACAUUUCUAUCAUUGUCCAGCUGGGCUGAAAAGCUUCUCCUUAAAAUUGCUUAGAAACACUGUGUCCAUUCCAGAGCUGUCUGCACUCUAAGAACUUCAUCUGGAAUAAACAGGCAUCUGAUACCAAAUUCUGAUCUCCCAAGUCCCUUGAUGAUACCAGUCCCUUGCUCAGUGACUAUUGCUGCAAGCAGACUUCCUUAUUUCCUGCCAGUUCAGAAAUCCUCUGCCAAGGUGUGGUACCUGCUUUGGGCCCAUUCAUUAAGAAACUCUCAUGGACUAUGUGAAGUCAGUACUGUCCAUUCAGUCCUAAGCAAAACUGGCCGACUCCUCCCAUUCCAAAUCCUGCUCUCUGUUACAUGCAUGGCAUUAGUUGGUGAGAACAAGGAGUCUGAUUUUCUCACAACUGCUGUCAACCAAGAGUAACAGCUCUUACAUCAGUCAAGGAGGUGGAAAAGCAAAACAAAAGCCACACGUGUGGAACGAUCCUGUCGUUGAACAGUAGAAAUAUGGGUCCCACGUACAACAAACUUUAUAAAGAGUUAAUCAAUAACGUCUUCUAUAGAUAUGCUUGUAACCAUUAUGACAUAUGCUACUUCUGUAUGUGCAAUGCUAAUAACAUAUAUUAAUAAUUUAUUAACCCUUUAUAAGCCUGUUAUAAAUGGAACCUUCAUGGACAGUGUGCCCAAAAUACAACCUGACUGACAGAGUUAA